CUUGUUCGCCAGUUUUGAGCGAUUUAUCUGCUCUUAUCACUAAUGAUUUGAAGAAGAAGUUUCAUUUAUCCUUCGUUUUCAGUACAUGAUAUUGGAUUGUGUUUUUCUUUUGUCUCAUUUUCAAGAGACAGAGACUUGAGACCAUUUUUGGAUCCACUACAUCCUAAUUUUUCCCCUACACAACAUUGGACUUCCCAAACCUGUGUGAUGUGCUGAUAUCUGGGUGAACAGGAUCAGCAUCAACAUGAACCAGUGGAAAGUCCUGUUACUGUCCGUGACUUUAUUGUGGAGGCAGCAAACAGCAACAUCCCAAACCCAUGAAGAAGUCUGUCACGGUACGCAGAAUGGUCUGAGCUCCACUGGCUCUCAGGAGAAUCAGUACAACCUGAUUAAGGAUCGAUAUGACGGCUGUGAGAUCAUCAUGGGAAACCUGGAGAUCACUCAGAUUGAGAGUAACUGGGAUUUCUCAUUCCUCAAGACAAUCCGAGAGGUGACCGGUUACGUCCUGAUUGCUAUGAACCACUUCCAGGAGCUUCCUUUGAGGCAGCUACGGGUCAUCAGAGGAAACAGUCUGUACGAAAGACGCUUCGCCCUCUCAGUUUUCUUCAACUACCCCAAAGACGGCUCCAAUGGCCUGAGGCAGCUGGGGCUCACGAAUCUGACAGAGAUUCUGGAAGGAGGAGUACAGAUUAUCAACAACAAAUACCUGAGUUAUGGCCCCUGGAUCUACUGGCAAGACAUCAUCCGGGACAACAGUGCUCCUAUUGACAUCCGGUACAACGGAGAAAGAGGCCCAUGUCACAAAUCUUGUGGAGAUUAUUGCUGGGGCCCAAAUGAGGAUCAAUGCCAGAUCUUGACUAAGACGGUGUGUGCGCCGCAGUGUAACGGCCGCUGUUUUGGAACCAGCCCCAGGCACUGCUGUCACAUAGAGUGUGCAGCGGGAUGUAAAGGCCCUCUGGAUGUGGACUGUUUUGCUUGUCGUCAUUUCAACGACUCUGGCGCCUGUGUGCCUCAGUGUCCUCAGACUCUGAUCUAUAACAAGCAGACGUUUCAGAUGGAGACCAACCCCAAUGCCAAAUACCAGUAUGGAUCGAUCUGUGUUUCCCAGUGCCCCACUCAUUUUGUGGUGGAUGGCAGCUCCUGUGUGAGCGUCUGUCCUCUGGACAAGAUGGAGGUGGAGAGAGAAGGUCAGAGGCAGUGCGAGCUCUGCAGUGGACUCUGCCCGAAAGUGUGUGAAGGCACUGGUGCAGAACACAGACAGACUGUGGACUCCAGCAACAUCGACAGCUUCAUCAACUGCACCAAGAUCCAGGGCAGCCUUCACUUCCUGGUCACAGGGAUUCUUGGAGACGACUUCAAAAAUAUCCCACCCCUCGAUGCCAAAAAGUUGGAAGUGUUCCACACAGUUAGAGAAAUAACAGAUAUUCUUAACAUCCAGUCAUGGCCCAAAGAGCUGAAUGAUCUGUCGGUUUUUUCAAGUCUCACUACCAUUCAAGGGAGGUCGCUCUACAAGCGUUAUUCUCUGAUGGUGAUGCACAUCCCCACUCUUACCUCACUGGGUCUGCGAUCGCUCCGGGAAAUCAGUGAUGGCAGCGUCUACAUCAGUCAGAAUGCCAACCUCUGUUAUCACCACACUGUGAACUGGACGCAGCUGUUCAGAGGGCGCAGGGUUGGAGUCAACAACCUCAACAACAACAGACAGCUGGCAGAGUGCGUGGCAGAAGGCCAUGUGUGCGACCCUCUAUGUUCAGACUCUGGGUGUUGGGGUCCGGGGCCCGAUCAGUGUUUGUCCUGUAGGAACUACAGCCGGGACGGCACAUGUGUAGGCAGCUGUAACUUUUACACCGGAGUUACGAGGGAAUUUGCAAGUCGUAAGGGCGAGUGUGUGAUCUGUCAUCCAGAAUGUAAACCUCAGAGAGGGAAAGCCAGCUGCACCGGACCGGGUGCAGAUGAAUGUGUAGCUUGUGCCAACCUUCGAGACGGUCCCUACUGCAUGUCCUCUUGCCCCACUGGAGUAAACGAUGGACAGAAGGGGCUGAUUUUCAAAUACCCCAACAGGGAGGGUCAUUGUGAACCGUGUCACCACAACUGCACACAGGGAUGCAGUGGCCCUGGAUUACAUGACUGUUUACAGACUGCCAGAAUGGCAGUUAGUAGUGGUCAGAUCACAGGCAUAGCUUUAGGUGUCCCGGCUGGCUUGAUUUUCUGCCUGGUGUUGUUUUUCCUCGGUGUGCUGUACCACCGAGGCCUGGCCAUUCGCCGCAAGAGAGCCAUGAGGAGAUACCUGGAGAGUGGAGAGAGCUUUGAGCCACUGGGUCCUGGAGAGAAAGGCACCAAGGUUCAUGCCCGCAUUCUGAGGCCCUCAGAGCUGAAAAAAAUCAAAGCACUUGGCUUGGGUGUUUUUGGCACAGUGCACAAGGGCUUUUGGACUCCAGAGAGAGAGACAGUGAAGAUCCCUGUGGCCAUUAAGACCAUCCAGGACAGUUCAGGCCGACAGACUUUCACUGAGAUCACUGAUCAUAUGCUGUCCAUGGGAAGCCUGGACCACCCCUACAUCGUGAGGCUGCUGGGCAUCUGUCCAGGUGCCAGUCUGCAGCUGGUGACUCAGCUCAGUUCUCAGGGCUCCUUACUGGAGCACAUCAGGCAGCAUAAGAACAGCUUGGACCCCCAGCGCCUGCUCAACUGGUGUGUGCAGAUUGCUAAGGGUAUGUACUAUCUGGAGGAACACUGCAUGGUCCACAGGAACCUGGCCGCCCGUAACAUCUUGCUGAAAAACGACUACCAGGUCCAGAUCUCUGACUACGGUGUCGCAGACCUGCUUUAUCCUGACGACAAGAAAUACGUCUACACGGACACAAAGACACCAAUAAAAUGGAUGGCACUUGAAAGCAUCUUGUUCCGAAGAUACAGCCAUCAGAGUGAUGUGUGGAGUUACGGGGUGACAGUGUGGGAGAUGAUGUCAUUUGGGGCGGAGCCAUAUGCAUCGGUGCAGCCUCAGGAAGUCCCCAGUCUGCUGGAGAAGGGCGAGCGUCUGUCACAGCCCCACAUCUGUACUAUAGACGUCUACAUGGUCAUGGUUAAAUGCUGGAUGAUUGAUGAAAACAUCAGACCAACCUUCAAAGAGCUGGCCAGUGACUUCACUCGCAUGGCAAGAGACCCACCUAGAUAUCUGGUCAUUAAGCUGGAAGGAGAUGAAGAUGCCCCAGACGAAAUCCAUCGAAGAGAGUCAGAGCGAGGACUUCUGGAUGCAGAUCUGGAGGAUCAUGAUGAGGAAGGACUGGAGGACGGCUUGGCUACACCUCCUCUUCAGCACUCCCCUUCAUGGAGUCUGUCUCGAUCCAGGAUUAAUUCUUACAGAAGUGGUGCUUCUCAGGCUGGACCAACUGGAUACCUGCCAAUGACCCCGAGUCCUGCAGACAGCCUACGCCAGCUGUGGUUCCAGAGGUCUCGCCUGAGCUCGGUCCAGACGCUGCCUGAGAGGUCACAGGUCAGGGCAGUUGGCAGGGAAGCAGAGGACGCUUUACGGACUGUGAGCCUUCACAGGGCCAGGUUCAGCUCAGAGAGGAGUAACGCUCGUCUGCCUGCCAGCCGACACAGGAAGCUUUCAACUGCUUCAAGCCCGUCCUCAUACAAGGUGUGGACGGCCGACGAAGACGAGGAGGUGGAUCACUACGGCUACGUCCUGCCUGGGUCACCUGGGACUCCAGAGAGAGCCUCUAGAAUUUCUCAGUCUACCCGAAGAAACUCAAGACUCAAGAACAAUCUUCGUCUCGUGGUGAUGAAUCCCUCCCAGGAGUAUGAAAUCAUGAACACAGAGUGUGAUGCUCUUCCUUGCUCAGCCAGCAGCGUCUCAUCACAUGGCGACGACCCUACGGCUGCACUCUGUCAAAACAUCUCACCUUUACCCUCCCCAACCGAAGAAAAGACACAUAAAGAAACUCUCACACCAACAUCAGCUGUGAGGAGUAAGCAAGUCCAACAGGCUUGUGGAGGAAAUGUAGCAGAGCAAAAAGACUCGACAGAGAAGCCAAACAGAGACUUCACGAAUGAAAUCAAAUCUGUGGAUGACCAACCGGAGGCAAGUCAAGGGUUCGGCAGGUAUGAAUACAUGGACAUCAGGCGCUGUGACUCCACAGAGGGAGAUGAACCGGAAUGGGAAAGAGAAACAUCUGCACAGAGCGAAGCAGAGACGGAGGAAGAGGAGGUGUUGAGGAACGAGCACGAGGAGGAAGAGGAAACGGAAAAGUGCCAAAACACAAAUAAACAAGCCAGUCUACAGGGGAACCAGAGCAGCAUGAUUGUGCCCGGAGCAGAUGUGCUGACAGCGAGGGGGGAAACGCUGGAGGAGUACGAGGAGAUGACCAGAUUUAGAGUGGUGCCUGGUAGGUGGGAGCACACAGAGUACCAGAACCUCCCAGCGAAGGGGAGGGAUGUUUCCGAGGAGAUGGGCGGCGGCAGGUGUGCAGGGAUUGGGGAAUACAUCAAGGUGUGUGCUGACAUGGGGGAACCUGGCAGCAACACAUCAUUUGACAACCCAGACUACUGGCACAGCAGGUUGUUCCUCAAGCCAGAUGCUGUACGUACCUAAUAGUGUGGACUGGGACAGAGACACUGUAACUGCAGCAGUUACUUAAGGUCCUGACAUAAAUUUGGUAUAGUUUUAUAAUGUUUGCCAUUUUUUUUACUGAGUUUCUUGCAGCCAAAAAUCUUUGAGAGAAAAAAAAUGUUAAAAAUAAAUAUGUCCUUGAAUCUUAUAUUACACAUUCAUGCAGUAAAUAAUUUAUGAAAGCAAUUGAAAGAUGAUACAAAGUCAUUAAAUAAAGUGGCUGAUCAUGUUGAAUUUCAAAGUUAAAGUAAUAAGCAUCUUGUUUCUUUGUCGCGUAUAUGUAAAUUGUAGCAGCAAUAUGAGGUGACCUGUUUCUGUUGUCUUUUUAUAUUAACAUGAUUUAUUAUAAAGCAUAAUUUGAUUUAUUCUCAAACUGCCAAUCAUUUGUAGCAUUGAAUUGUGUAGAGGAUGUUGAGAUGUCUUUUUUUAUGUUGUCUUUAUGUGUCUUUAUAAAGUAUAACAAUAAAAUAUUGAUUUAUUAAAAAGGCUCA